AUGUGGUGUGUGGUUGUGUACAGAUGUGGUGCUGUGGUUGUGUACAGAUGUGGUGUGUGGUUGUGUACAGAUGUGUUGCUGUGGUUGUGUACAGAUGUGUUGCUGUGGUUGUGUACAGAUGUGUUGCUGUGGUUGUGUACAGAUGUGGUGCUGUGGUUGUGUACAGAUGUGGUGUGUGGUUGUGUACAGAUGUGGUGUGUGGUUGUGUACAGAUGUGUUGCUGUGGUUGUGUACAGAUGUGUUGCUGUGGUUGUGUACAGAUGUGUUGCUGUGGUUGUGUACAGAUGUGUUGCUGUGGUUGUGUACAGAUGUGUUGCUGUGGUUGUGUACAGAUGUGUUGCUGUGGUUGUGUACAGAUGUGUUGCUGUGGUUGUGUACAGAUGUGUUGCUGUGGUUGUGUACAGAUGUGUUGCUGUGGUUGUGUACAGAUGUGUUGCUGUGGUUGUGUACAGAUGUGUUGCUGUGGUUGUGUACAGAUGUGUUGCUGUGGUUGUGUACAGAUGUGUUGCUGUGGUUGUGUACAGAUGUGUUGCUGUGGUUGUGUACAGAUGUGGUGUGUGGUUGUGUACAGAUGUGGUGCUGUGGUUGUGUACAGAUGUGAGCCCUGCUGUGCCGCCUGCUUGCACACCGCCUCAGCUGAUGAAAAGGGAGCGUUCGAGCAGUCACAUCCAUCCUGGGCGUCCCGCUGCGCCUCGGGACCCCCCACGGCCUCCCCGCCCCUACUCCUGCUGGGCUCAAUCACACAUCUCUUAA